ACGCAACACGGGGCUGGCUCGUCCAGUGCUGAGAUGCAGCCAUCUCUGGGGCAGGGGAGCUGGAGAACAGCGGCAAUCUCUCUACCAGCUGGGUUAAGGCCCCACCCCUGGGGAGAAGCUCCUCCCCCACGUGGGAGUCCCUGUCUUGCCUGCCAUGGGGCUGGAGGCCGAGCCCCUCGCCGCCCCCCACCCUUACUGGCCCCGGGACCUGGAGAUCGGGCGCUACGUCCCCAACGACCGCCCCACCUGGCACAGCCUGGCUUUCCUCUUCUCCGUCUCGGCGGCCCUGCUGGCGCUCACCUGGCGGGCCGCCGGCUGGCGGGGCUGGACGGGGGCGCCCAUGAGGCCCGGGCGCCGCCUGGCCCUCUGUUGGUUCGCCAUCUGCGGCUUCAUCCAUGGCGUGAUCGAGGGCUGGUUCAGCCUCUACCACACGGAUAUACCAGGGGACCAGUCCUUCCUCUCCCAGCUGUGGAAGGAGUACGCCAAAGGAGACAGCCGAUACGUCAUAGAGGACAACUUCACUGUGUGCAUGGAGACCAUCACUGCCUGGGCGUGGGGCCCGCUGAGCCUCUGGACCGUGCUGGCCUUUCUCCAGCGCCAGCCCCACCGCUACAUCCUGCAGCUGGUGGUGUCACUGGGCCAGCUGUACGGCGACGUCCUGUACUUCUACACUGAGUACCGGGAGGGCUUCGCCCACAGCGAGAUGUGGCACCCGCUCUACUUCUGGUUCUACUUUGUCUUCAUGAACGCCCUGUGGAUCAUCAUCCCCUCCAUCCUCCUCCUCGACGCCUGGGGGCACCUCAGCGCUGCCCAGAGGGCGCUGGACUCUGUCAAGGCCAAGAGACACUGAUGCCUCACUCCCCCCUGCCACCUGGGAUGGGGGGAUCUGGCACAAAACUGCCCCGGGGGGGCUGAAGAAUGAAUGAUGCUCAGGGAUUGGCGUGCGCAGGACUCUCUCCUUGGCUCUGGGAGGGGAGUGGGGUCCAGUGGGCUAGAGCUGGGGGGCUGGGAGCCAGGACAUCUUGUCUCUUUUCCCAGCGUCUGUGAGCGACAUUCAAGUUUCUCCAAGCCACCUUUACCUGCCGGCCUGGUGGGGAGGGACGGGUGAGAGGGGGAGGAGAUCGCUAGCAAGGGUGGGGGAGAUGUCUGCCUCCCUAUGACUUGUUAUCCUAGCACCCCCUCCUCCGCCAAAGCCUCCCUGGUCCCAUAACCAAAGCUCUGACCCCGUCUCUGUGUGCCCCCGACAGUGCCCCCCUUUGCCUCCUGACUGGCUGCAGGGUGGGGGAUGCUGGGACCUCAAGCGCCUCCGGUGGACAGGACCAAUCAGCUUGUUUUAAUAAACACAUGUAUGUACUCCUUUGCCUUCCAGCAGCUGUCCUUGUCUGCCACUGUCGGUGUCUGGGUGGCACCGUGCUGCCAGGACAGAAGGGGUUAUACAGCAGGUCAUACCAGCUGAUCCCGAGGGUCCCUCCUGGGCUGGGAUGCUUUAGAGAGGAGAUGGAGGGGCCCUGAUUAAAAUCAUGACCAGGAACAAGGGAGAGUGACCUUCUCCGAGAGGGGUGAAUUCCAAAAGGAUCAAUG